GGAGCGCCGAGGAUGGCCAUGAUGGCGGCCGGGACGGGCAAGCCCCGCCGGCGGCGCGCAGGAAAUAAGCAUUCAUCUGCUCUGAAAAAUGAAGAUGCUGCUCAAAGGAAAGCAGUUCUGGAGGCUGCACUGAGAAAGAAGAUUGAAUUUGAGAAAAAAGCAUUGUCYAUUGUUGAACAGCUCCUGGAAGAGGACAUUACUGAAGAAUUCCUUCUAAAUUGUGGAAAAUGUAUUACUCCAUCUCAUUAUAAAGACAUUGUUGAUGAACGGUCUAUCAUCAAACUGUGUGGUUAUCCUCUAUGUCAGAAUAAACUGGAAAAUGUGCCAAAGCAGAAGUACAGGAUUUCAACAAAAACAAACAGAGUUUAUGAUAUCACUGAAAGAAAGUGCUUUUGCAGCAACUUUUGCUAUAGAGCAUCUAAAUAUUUUGAAGCUCAAAUUUCCAAAAGUCCGGUAUGGAUGAGAGAAGAAGAAAAACCACCAGACAUAGAGCUGCUGAAGGAGGGAUGGAGUGGGCAGUCUGGAGAAGAGGUGAAACUACGUGAUGAAGUAAUUAAAGCAUCUGACAUUGAAAAUCCUAGGAUAUCUUCAGAUACAUGUGAAUCUGGUUCUCAUGACACAGCCAGUGACAGCAGUACUGAUACUGAACAAGAAUUUGUUUCUUCUGUCCUACCAGGAAGUCAGUCAAGUUCAGCCAAUUUUGCGCAGCAAUUGCCCAGGAAAAGCAUCCUCAAAAAGAAGCAUUCUCCAAAAGUCAGCCCUAAAACUGAAGAUGCAGAUAUCAUAGAAGCCACUGAACAACUCUCUCAUUGUAAACUAGACACUCAGGAAGAAACACAUGCUUGCUCUGUUCAUAAUGAAGUAGCUGCACCACCUUCCAACAGUACUGCUCUAGGGAAAUCAAGUCCUUCAGAAAUCUGUGAAAAUGCAUGUGGAUCACAGAUAGUUUUUCUAGGUGUKAGCAAAAGAGGGGCAGAACAUCUUAAAAGAACACUAGCUAACUCAACAGAAUAUAAAAAACCUGAACUGAGGUGUCCAGGUAAUUCCAAAGGCAGUUUACUAGAAGUGCUUAGGCAAACACUUAUGGAAUGGAGAACUGAGGAAACUUUAAAAUUUCUCUAUGGCCCAAACUAUACUUCUUUGUGCUCGUCAGAGUGCAUAGCGUCUGCUGACCAGGAGACUGAAGAACUUGAUGAGGAUGACUUAGAUACACCUGAUGAUCUCAACACUGUUGAUGUAGGAGAGUCUGAAAACAGCUUGAACUACUCUYUACCUUUCACAGGCUCAGGUGGAAUAGUUAAGCCUAUGCCUAGUUAUGAAAAGUUAAAAGAAGAAACAGAGUUCCUAGAACUCCGAGUAAGAGAGUUCUAUAAAGGAAGUUGCAUCUUGGCUGAAGAGGCAGCGACACAUGCGCAAUCAGGAGAACAUCCAAGCAAAGACAAAGAUGAUCAGCAGGAAGAUCUCACCUUCCCACUUGUUGAUUCAAAUGCGCAAAUGCAGAUUAGGAGGCGAAUUGUCCUUGAAAAACUGAGAAAAGCAUUAUCUACAGUUUUGGGCCCGCUUCAGAUUGGUUCUGGUGAUAUUUACCCAGAGCUAAAAAGUCUUGUCAAAACUUUUCGAUUGUCACAAACAACUCCACUUUUCAAGAACAGUCAGACGAGCCCAGUGUACACACAGUUCCUGACCACAUUACUGGAAGAACUGCAUUUCAAAAGUGAAGAUCUGGAAAAUUUAACAAGAAUAUUUAGAAUGGACUGAGAACUUGAAUGAAUAACAUGAUCAUCUUAGCAUCCCCUACUACCUGAAAUAGUUGUACAGAAAGCAAAAGAGCACCUUCAAUUGUUUGAACUUUUUAAAAUGAAAAAUGCAUUUAGUAUGAAUUGCACUGCUUGCAUUUCUGUUUUUUCAUUUCCUUCCUAUGGGUGAAAAUUUUGAAGUUUUGUGCAGAAGCUGACUGUAACCACAGUUGGUCAAGGUAUGCAUGAAGACAAGUUAAAAGUGUAGAUCAUCUGAAAGGUGUUUAAAAGCAGUAGAAAGGAAUUUGGAUACGUUAGGUUUUUCUUGCUCUGGGAGCUUCCAGUCAAGGUUUAUCCACAGGGAUCAGGGAAAGAGGGGGGAAAAAAGCCUGUGAGCCUCUGAUGGUAAGAACAGUGCUGCUGACAUUUUUCCAGUUGCCCCAGUGCAUGGAGCAGGAGCCUUUAAGAAUGAYGAGAACAGUACACAAAUAUGUCUGAUUCAUAGCCUGUUUAUUUUGCUACUUCUAAGGAAAGGAGUGGUCUUUGAAGUUGUGUAAAAGUUAUUUUUAAACAGACUCGUUACUAAUUUGGACUUUAAUAUAUAAUAACUAAAAACUUUCGGCUUUCAGUAGUCAUUUCAAAGAGUUGUGUUAUUUAGGCUGAGUGUGUUUGGAAUUGCUUCUGUCACUGCCUGAUUAUAAACUGCAAAUUAAAACUAGUCCACUAGUAAUUCUUAAUGAUUCCAUAAUCUGUUUUAUUGCAUAGUUCUCAGUUCAUCGGCCACUGUCCUUGGAGAGACUUGAGAAGAAAGUUGUAACUGUCUGCAGCAAAUGCCAGCACUAGUUGAGGCUGAAGCAAGCCUUACCAGGGCUGCUACACAGCAACUCCAUUCAAAAAACCAAAGCUUAUUCCUUUUUGUUUCUGCAAUWGGACACCUUAAAGGAACUCUACACUGAAUUAGUUUACUGUUGUGUAGUUCCUUCAUGAUAAUAUUUAGAUCUAAUAUGUGGGUCACCCCUGACACACAGAAACUCAUGUAGCUUUGCUGUGGAAGCUUCAUUGUGCAGUAGACUUUAUUUAGGAGAUGCUUGACUUUUCUAAGCUUCCAUUGUCCCAGGAAGUUACGUUCAGUAGUUGUAAAAGCAACAAUUUAGAAUCAGGAUAACCUUAAUGCACAGUUACAGCUAUGUAUUUUUCUAAGUAUUCAAUAGGGAAAAAAAUACCCAUUACGAUCAGAGUAUGUCUGAUACAAAAUUCACAAGAAUUACUGGGUGGAAGUUACUGGAAAAAGUUUACUUGAUACAUAUGGGGAGAAGGGUCAAGACUUCACCAAAACAUAAACUUCUGUAGAAGACUGAGUGAUAGGUAUGAUACUCUGAGCAGAAAUUAAAAUUUGAAUUUACAUCUAUUUGCUUCUGAUUUGGGAAGUUAAAUAUAUUUCUAUCUUUAGCUAGUAGAUUCUGAGUAAGCCAUUAUCCUGUUCAUGCACAUUUACCUUGGGAGUAAAGAUUAUCUCACAACAGUUCUGUCAUACUCAGUCUACCUAGAAGGCAUUACAAAUGUACAUCAUACCUGGAAUAUGAUUGUGUUUCAUCAGGUUUUCUAGCUCUCAUUUGGAAAGUUUUUACAUUUCCUGUCAGUUUAAUGGUGUGGAUUUUUUUUUUCUUUUUUGUAGUUAUUUUUAGGCUUGGUCUUCAGCACCUACUGUGUAGGAAAUGUAUGAUCUUAUAAGAAUUAAUAGGUUGCAGGCCCCCAGACCUCUUUAUCAAGGUCCAUUGUCACUGCUUUUAACUGUUUGCCUCAGCAGCUAAAAAAAUAAGGUUUCAGUAUUUUUGCAUCUCUUCUUUCACUGUUGUGUAGUAAGCGCCUCAUUCUUUUUCUUGCUCUAAGAGAACAGAACAACCUUUCUCCAUCCAUAAGGCCAGAAGAAAGUCUUCUGUGGUAUGCUGGAAACACCCUCAAGGGGUAUUCUUCACUUGUAAUGAUUUCAUCUCCAUUAGACAUGAGUAACACACACGUAAAUAAAUGCAGAAAGUAUACAUAUAUACCCAUUACUUCUGAGUAGGAGAGAGGCUAUAGACUCAUCUCAAAAUGAUCUUUCAAUACUGUCAACCUCAAUUGGUCUAUAAAGAUCACAACUCAGGUACCAAAAAAUCAGUUCAUUUAUGUAGUUUUCUUAUGAGCAUGCUUUGUAACAGCUUAACUGCUUAGAAAUGUUCAAAUCUAGAAACCAUUUUUCAUCUUACAACAAAUUUCUGUUACAACUAUCUGUCCUUCAACAGAUGUCACUGUUUCUUAACUCAAACUGCUUUUUGGUGKUGUUCUGCCCCUUCUCAUUUUAUGUGGGCGGGCAGAUUGUUUUCUUGUGGCCUUAUUUCUGUGCUUACUGUUUUUCUUUCUGUUUUAGUUAAGCAAAUGAGAGCAGUUGACAUUUGGGUCAGUGGUGGUUUCAGCCUAAUCUCAGAUACACUAAAUAGUAGUGACUGAUUUCUGAACUGCAGGUGUGGAGAGACAUUAUGGAUCUGGGGCUUAGGGUAAAUGGGACAGAAGCCUCUAUUUCUGAAGAGCUCCGUGAAAGGGCAUAAACUUGGUGAGGGCAUCAGCUGCUUAGAUGAUGAGGAUCAUAAAGUCACCAAAAUCCAUUGCCAUGACCAUGUAAAGCAUCCAACGCUGUCUGGCCAUGGGACUGUAGCAUGGUGUGUCUCUUUUAAUAGCAGGGGGAUGGAAGAGAAACCAAACUUGU